UUUACUGACCGGAAAGAGCAGGUUUCGAAACGGUCAGAGAAAAAAAAAAAGUGGAGAGAGCGAAAGAAGCAACUUAUGUCCUGCUUGCUUGAGGGGAAAAAGCUUAUUUUGACGUUCAAACAAAAUCUUUGGGAAUCAGGGGAACCUAAAUGUAGGUGCUGAGAAAAACCGAGAUUUAACAUUUCCUUUCCUUUCUUGGUUGAAUUCAUGAGGACACCUGCUGUGAGGAACAGGGGAUUCGAAUAACGGGGCAGUAAGGAGAGAUUUAGGAGGGACCACGUUCUCCACUUUUCACUUUUCUCUGUUUAUUAAGAAGAAGGAUGACAGAGAAGAAGAUUGGAGCAGGGAUGGCCUUAUGUAGCCCAUGGCGAGCGACUGUUGCUGUGGGCUUGACUGCACUUGUAUUGGGGGGACUGGGAGCUGCCAUCUGGGCCUUGGCAGUGUACUUAAAUGCCGCAGAAGAUACAGGUUUAUAUGAUGUGCAGGUGAGCGUGGCAGAUCAGAGACUGCGGGUGUUUGACUCUGCCCAGCGGCGGUGGAGACACGUCUGCUCCUCCGGUGUGAAUCAACUGCUUGCCUCUAUCAGCUGUGAGGAGAUGGGCUUUGUCAGGGCGAUAAAUUUCUCCGUCACCUGCGCUCCUGAGAGCAGCAGUGCUCACGAGUUCUUCUGUGUCAAAGAAAAUGAGUUAACCUUCGGCAAAAAGAUCAGCACCGUCCUCUACCCAUGUCAAUGUGAAAAAGGACAGAUUGUUCAAGUUCUGUGUCAAGAUUGUGGUCGUCGAAUGCUCCCUGAGGAACGGAUUGUCGGUGGCGUGGAUGCACGGCAGGGUUUGUGGCCAUGGCAGGUCAGUCUGCAGUAUGAUGGAGUUCAUCAGUGUGGAGGAUCCAUCAUAUCAGACCGAUGGAUUGUCAGUGCUGCACACUGCUUUCCUGAGAGAUAUCGUCAUGUGUCUAGGUGGAGGGUGUUGAUGGGCUCCAUCUACAACACACCCAUCCAUAAGAAUGUGGUGAUCGCUGAGGUGAAUACGGUCGUCUAUCACAGUAGUUACCUUCCCUUUGUUGAUGCUAACAUUGACGACAACAGCCGUGACAUCGCUGUCCUGUCCCUGACGAAACCCCUGCAGUUUUCUGACUACAUCCAGCCCGUGUGUUUACCCACCUAUGGUCAACGGCUGAUUGAUGGCCAGAUAGGAACAGUGACUGGCUGGGGUAAUGUGGAGUACUACGGAAUGCAAGCGAAUGUUCUGCAGGAGGCCCACAUUCCCAUCAUUAGUGACGCUGUCUGUAAUGCCCCUGAUUAUUAUGACAAUCAGGUCACAACUACUAUGUUCUGUGCCGGCUAUGAGAAAGGGGGAACUGAUUCCUGCCAGGGUGACAGUGGUGGUCCGUUUGUGGCAGCAGACUGUCUGUCUAAGACAAGUCGCUACAGGUUGCUUGGCGUGGUGAGCUGGGGCACAGGCUGCGCCAUGGCAAAGAAACCUGGCGUCUACACCAGAGUGUCUCGCUUCCUGCCCUGGAUAUCCAGUGCCAUGAGGACAUAUGAGAAUUCCCCAGGAGUCCAUAAAAUGGCUCGUGCUACAACAGCGUAACCACCUGACACUUGGAACAGAGAUCAGAUCUGUACCAGACGUCAUGAGGUCUCCAGUAUGUACGCGGUCCAUCACUGGGUGGCCUUUAGUACCACCUUCUGUUGGCUUGCCAUGGCUUAGACUAAUGCAGACGAACGGUAAUUUAAAACGAUCACCACUAAACAGAUUAGGCUAAACCAGUGGCUAAAGCUCAGCAGUUAUACACUUACAUUUAUUAAAAAUAUGGCAAACACACUGCCACGCCUAAAUGGAGGGUUUAGAAAAGAAAUCUAAAGCUUAUGAGGCCAACUUACAUUUCAAGUAUUUCGUACUUUGAAUUUAAACAUUUUGAAUGACAUUUUUAGAGGAGAAGGCUGUUUUGUUUACACCAGGCAAAUAUUGUAAUGGAUAAUGAAACACUUUAGUAUGUCGUUAUUAAUAAAUCCGUCCAGUCACUUUUAUUAAGCUGAAAACACAACAUUAGUCCUGAAAUUAUUCAAAUUUGUACACAAUGGAUUUGAAAAAUGCUUUUCAACCAAGCGUACUUGUAAAUUUAACAGAUUAUGAACACUGGACUAAUGAAAGCUAUAAUGAACUGUUAAAUCUGUUUGGUUUCUUAAUUAUAGAAAGCUCUAUUACGUCUAGACUGGAAGAAGGCCAAUAAAAUGACUUGCCAUGAUUAGUGUAUGAAAACCACUAUAACAGUAGAUAGGUGACAAAUUAAAAGAGAGAGAAUAUUGGAUGCUUUGAUGAACCUUGGCAGGUUUUUAUGAAUCUCUGGAAAUGUACUAAGAGAACAGAACACCAUUUUCCAAAAAUACAUUCCUUUAAUUCUGAAUUUCUUACCAUUUUUGGCUAGUGAUCCAAUUUUUAGGCUUUAAAUUGUCUCAUAUUCCAAGGUCUUAGCUCAAGGUCUUUUAGUUUUUUUAAAUCAUCAUGACAAACUGCUUAUAUCAAAGUGAUAAACUGUCCUCUUAUAUAAAUGAAUGUGGACACUGCAAUCACAUAAGGACCAAAAAGCUUUUGAAUUUGUCAUAAUUAAACCCAAACUCACCUGGUUUGUCUACCAGUAGUGAGAAAAAUUACAGUGGACAUGAUCUGUUUGUUGAGACGCAUUUUACAUGUUAGAUACUAUCAUGACUAUAACAGUUUGAUGAUAAAUUAUGAAAUAAAUAGUUUUUUUUUCUGAACCCAAAAUUAGGAACCUUAAAACAUCAGCUUAACAGGCAGCGACAUUGGCAACAUUGGCAGUGGUAGUGGCGAUUGAACCAACAACAUUCUCAUUACUAAUUCACUGCCUUAACUGCUGAGCUACCACUGCCAGACCAUGCCAACAUGGGUAAUUGUAUUAUGCACUACAUGUGUCUUGAAGAAUCUACACUCAUUAUGUUUCUCCACUUUUUCUGUUAGGUUUUUUUUUUAUUUGUCACCCAUCUGUUUAUUAGUAAAAUAAUACAAGCCAAGUUGAACUAAACAUUUCUGUGGUUUUUCUACUUAAACCUUUUCAAUAGUGUACACAGAAUGUAUGCUUGUUCUCUCCGGACCUAAAAUCAUUGCCAGAGUGGUUCUAUUUAGAAUGUAUUUUCUUGGUUAAUGGGUGUGGAGGAACUGAGUAAUAUAAACCAAAGACUGCUUUGCAGUAGUAUUGACGUGACAGUCAGUAUUUUUGCAUAUUAAUGUGUUUAUUGUAAAUAUGAAAUGCUAACUUACUAUGUGACACAAUGUUUAAUUGUUAUUAAGCUGUAUUUUUGUGAUCAUGUUCUGAGUUGUUGUGCUGUAAUUUAGAUGUUCUCAUAACACUUUAUUUGAAAGGAAACUUUGUUUUUGUUAUUUAAUAUAGUGAACAUAUCUAACUGAGAAUACACACAUAAUGUGGUUGUACUUAUAAUUAUAAACAAAAAAGUGUAUAGAUGAGCAUUAACAAAGAACUGUGAUGAUAAUAAUGAUGAUGAUAAUAAUAAUAAUAGGAGAAAUAAUUAUUUAGUCAAUAUUUAGUCUUUAUUUUCUCAUGGUUACCCUUUAACAUUGUAUCACAGUAUAAGAACGGUUUGUAGGACAGCAGCCCCAUAUCAUGAUGCUCCCGCCUCCAUACUUCACUGUGGGUUUAGAGUUCCUGGAAUCACACAUGCAAACCUUUAUUUCUCCAAAUAUAACAGGCUGAAUUAUUGAAUUAUCUAUUAUAGUUGUAUAUGAACUAUGUGUUUCUUUUCAGUAACUGUUUGUGUAGGGUAUAGAAUGGAGAUCACUGAAGUUCAGCUCAGAGUGAUUUUUUUUUUUUUUAGCUUUUUUUAAUCCUCUUUAAUUUUGGUUUAAGACUUGGUUGUGUAGUUCUCCUAUCCAGAAACAGUUUGAGGUUUUAAUGAACUCUCUGAGAUCUUCUUAAUCUCACCUUCUAAAUCCUCCUGACCAAUGACUUAUUUUAUAAGAAAUGUUAUUGUACUUGUAUACAUUCACUGAUCAGUUUUUUAGGAACAUCUAUCUGAAAUGUGCAUUAUUGUCCAUUUUAUGAGCUACAUCUAUCAUAUAGAUGCACUGUUUGGGUAUACAAUUACUAGAUGUCAUCUGUUGCCCUGUACUUUUUUCACCCCUCUCUAUGUGAACCAUCAAUGGAUUUUUCUGACCAGAUAUUAUUUGGUAGAUGGAUCAUUUUUAGCACCGCAGUGACACUAACAGUGUAAUAAUAUGUUUAUGUCUGUUGUAGUUGUAUUAGUGCAUCAGAUGCAGCAAUGCUUUGGGAUUUUGAAAUGCCUCACUGUCAGUUCUGGGAUGAGAAUAAAGCUUUAACCAGAAAUAUGAAUCCAACAGCAUAAUGUGAUCAGAAAGUGUUCAAUAAAAGACUAGAAAUAGAUCAAUUGUGUAUGAAAAAUGUAAACAGCACCAGUCUGUAACUGUACACCUUCAAGGUGUGCUAACAGGGUAUGUUCCUAGGAAGUAAGUCAACAUUACAAAAUUAACCAAUAAAACUGCUGCACCUGAUUUUAUUCAUCAUUACCACGUUAGUAUCAUUGCGUUGCUGAGAAUGGUCCACCACCCAAGAAGUAUACAGUUAGUCAUGGUCUUUUAUUGGGUCCCUUUCAAAAUUAAUGGGGUGGAGGAGGUUAUCAAGGUAUAUAGAGCAGCAAAUGAGCUACAUUUGGUUAUUGUAUUUUUACAAAGUGCAUCUUUAUGAUGCUGUAGGUGUAGCUCAUGAAGACGGGUGUUCCUAAUUAAGUUAGUUGUUUGUAUAUUGUAAUAUGUUGACUGAAUGUUUUAAAUAUAUCUUUGUUUAUGUUUAUAAAUACCUAAUUUUUAUAUUUAUAGGUACAAAGCUAAAAUACAUUGUGUUCAAUACUUGUCCCGUUUCAAAUGUAGUGUUACUGAUGUUUUUCUGUAACAUUCUACACGUGAUAGUAUAAAACAAAAAACCUGCUAAUGCUAAUAUAUGUAGCUAAAUGAAAUGAAGUUUUGUUUAUUUAAGCUCUAGGAUGUAAAAGGUCCCUGAGUUCUCAUGUGCAGUCUUUAUUUUUUUUUUGUUAGAAUUUCAGAUUACUGAGAUCUGUUUCCAAUUGUAAAGGAUUAUAUAUCAGAUGAAAUGUUUCUCCAUAUGCACUUUUAUUUUCUUAAUGUUUAUAAAACUGCAGUAAUGAAUGUGAAUGUAUGUACAUGAAAGAAAUGUAACCUGUUGACCUCUUGAUUAGAAUAAUGUAUGUUUUAUGUAUCUUUUUUAUGUAAAUCUUGCAUACAUGGAUGUCGGGCAUUGAAAUAAAAUCUUAAUUUGAAAUAAUAA